GCACCUGCUGCUUCUAUAUUGAAUUAAGACUCGGUUGCAUUAUAAUAUCCCUUUUUGAAAUAAUGUUCAAUGCGUUUGGUAUCCUUUUGGGCGAUGAGAAUGUAAUAGGACUCAUUGGACGAUCAGUAUAUAUGGUGCAUUGUAUUGGUAGCAUACUGCUUUUUAUUGGCGCAUUUCUUAAAAUGUCGAUAUUUUUAUUAAUAUACCUAAUAACCGAUAUCUUGCAUAUCAUCUUUGGCAGCAUAUUCCUGUUUGACUGGUGGCUGGAAAACCACCAACUGAAAACUGAAAUAGUUAUUGGGCUCGCACUUAUAAUGUGCAGCAUUUACUUUUGGUUGGUAGUUUACUCCUAUUAUGUUCAAUGCAAGUCCGAAGGUUACUACGAAGAAGACUAAUUUGGAUAUUUAAAACAAUACUCAAUAACAUUUACAAGACUAAUCUUAUUCCUUUCUUCUGAGUACACGAUCGAUUUUUAUGCGAUUUUAAAAUCCUACAAUGCAAAAUCUAUAGUUAAUAAAUGAAAAUACA